GAGGAGCGGCGCGGUAGGACAGGCCGGGUCGGGCCGGGGUACUUAUAAAAGAUGGUGGAUCGCUUGGCAAACAGUGAAGCAAAUACCAGACGAAUAAGCAUAGUAGAAAAUUGUUUUGGAGCAGCUGGUCAACCUUUGACUAUUCCUGGUCGUGUUCUGAUUGGAGAAGGUGUGUUAACAAAGCUGUGCAGGAAAAAACCCAAAGCAAGACAGUUUUUCUUAUUCAAUGAUAUUCUUGUGUAUGGGAACAUUGUCAUCCAGAAGAAAAAAUACAACAAACAACACAUAAUACCAUUGGAAAAUGUCACUAUUGAUUCCAUCCAAGAUGAGGGGGACCUACGCAAUGGGUGGCUUAUCAAGACACCAACUAAGUCUUUUGCUGUUUAUGCUGCCACUGCAACAGAGAAGUCCGAAUGGAUGAACCACAUCAAUAAGUGUGUGUCUGAUUUGCUUUCCAAAAGUGGAAAGACUCCCAGUAAUGAACAUGCAGCUGUCUGGGUACCUGACUCAGAGGCCACAGUGUGUAUGCGUUGUCAGAAAGCAAAAUUUACACCUGUAAACCGUCGUCAUCACUGUCGCAAAUGUGGUUUUGUUGUUUGUGGGCCCUGUUCUGAAAAGAGGUUUCUUCUUCCAAGCCAGUCCUCCAAGCCUGUGCGAAUUUGCGACUUCUGCUAUGAUCUUCUUUCCAGUGGGGAAAUGACUACUUGUCAGCCCACUAGAUCAGACUCCUACAGCCAGUCACCUAAAUCCUCUUUAAAUGAUGUAUCUGAUGAUGAUGAUGACGAUGAUGACAGCAGUGAUUAAGGACCAAAAAAGGUUUUCCAUUAUGUUACAAUUGGUGUUUUAAACCAUAAAGAGCUGCUUUUCAGGAAAUGUAUAGUCGGAGUUCUCUCAAAAUUCUGUUCUAGCCAUAAAAUUUGCCUGAGUAUCUUCAACUACAGUGUGCCUCCAAUACAUGAAUUUUCUAGACAAUAAAUUUUUCACUAUUCUGCAGGGAUAGACUGUUGCAAAUGUAUCAGAUUUUUUCCAUCUUAUACUUGAGUUAUGUCUAGAUUAGACUUUUGUGGAAGAUUGGAAAAUUAAGCAUAUCUCUUAUUUAA